AUCGGGCUGAUCCGGUCUGGAUGCAAUGAGUGCAAUGGCAAUGAGUAUAACCAGUAUAACUGUAUAAGAUAAUGAUCCGUGCUAUGGUGCACUCUGGUGGUAUUUGGCGGCAACAAUUUGAAAAUAACGAAUGAAAGCUUGAAGAGUUUUGUCGGUUUAUUUUACAUUGUAACAAUUUAAGGCAAAGAGAAAAGAUAAUGCCUCCAAGAAAGAGCAUGCUAGGGAAGCGGAAAAAUAUUCCGCAACCUGUUCCUAUUCUGCCUCCAAUUUCUACCAGAAAACGUGGGCUUGGAGCAGGUUCAGUGAAACUGAAAUGUCCAGAACGUGUGAAUUUGGUGCAUGCUAGACGUCAGCUGUGGUCACCAUCAGAAGAAUUCUUGACCAGGAAUCAGAAAAAUGAGAAUCAGGACUUUGGAACUCUGAAGAAAAGAAGAAGGCCACCUGAAGAUGUGCACAACAUAUUAACUGCAGAAAACUCUAAGGAGAAUGUUGGUUUUAGAUUUCAGUUCAACUCCCUUACAAGUGAAAACAGAGGAAGCCCAACAGUACAGCGUUCACAGCAUGUCAACACAAAGACUCUUAUUUCCUCAAACACAGUGGGACCGUCUUGCUUUGGUUACACAGCAUCUAUUCCAGAUGCACCUGUACUCCUGAAAUCAAACAGGUCACAAAGAAUUGUAAGUUUCAUAGGUCGUCUUGCAACAACACCUAAGGGAUUGGGUGAAACAUCUAUGGUAUCUGGCUCUGUGGUAACAGGAACCAGUGAAAUACCUAAACUUCUUGAUUCUAAAGGAUCCCAAAGGCACGCAGGUCUCUCAAAUCAACUUUCAAUCAAAUCUAAGGAAUUUGGGAGUGGAAUAUUUACAUCAUCUGAUUCUGCAGUAACAGGAACCAGCGAAAUACCUAAACUUCUCGAUUCUAAAAGAUCCCAAAGGCACGCGGGUCUCUCAAAUCAACUUUCAAUCAAAUCUAAGGAAUUUGGGAGUGGAAUAUUUACAUCAUCUGAUUCUGCAGUAACAGGAACCAGUGAGACUCCUAAACUUCUCAGCUCUAAUAGAUCACAAAGGUGUGAAAAUUUCAUGAGUCAGCUUUUGACAGAGUCUGAUGAACUGGGCAAAAUAUGUCCAUCGUCCGAUUCUGAAGGACCAGAAAUAAGUAAUGUAUGUAAAUUUAUUGAAUACGACAAAUCACAAAGAAUUUCAAGCUUCUCAAGCAAGCAUACUGCAGAGUCAAGCAAAUGUUACAGAAAAUUUGCUUCUGAUUGUGGAGCCAUUGAUGGAAUCAGAUUUCUUGAGUCACAAAAUUUGGAAACUUCAGUAUGCCAAAGUAAGCCUGAGUGGUCUGACAAAGUGACCUGUCACAGUGGAGGAACAGACAGCUUAAGCAAACCUUUUCUAUCCAGAUCUAACAAAUCUGUAAGAACUUUUGGAGUCGCUUCUCAAAAUGAUAAGAAGUCUCAUAACCCUGGUAAACCACUGGCCAAUAAUCAUGGAGGAAUGGAAACAAAAUUUGCUGCUGCAGGUCUUUUGCCAACGCAGUUAUGGGGUCACGGAAGUUGCGCACAGGCACAGAUAACAGACAGGAUACAUGUGGGUGCAGAGACUUCAGAUACAGCGACAUCCAUCCUUAUCAAAUCUAAAAUACCCCAGAGAGUUAGAGGACGUGUACAUGAAGGCAUGAAAGAAUUCAAGGAAUCUGAUAGCAUAUUAUCACCAUCUCAUCCAGCAACAAAUAAACAGUGCGACGUCCUGUCAUCACGAGGCCCUUUUCUAAUGAGAGAAGAGGCAUUUGGCAAAUUAUAUACAGGACAAUGUGAUGAACCUAAUGUGAAUCCAGGGAAGUCAAGAUUAUCAUCUGUUCAACAAACAGUAGCACCUGUGUGUUUUACAUCUACUAAUUCAUGCACAUUCACAAGUUUCAUAAACCCAGAAAUAACCAAUAAGCCAGCCACAGUUAAAUCAAAGAAACAUAAUGUUUCAGCUUCUAAUUAUGGCAGGAUAACCACAGAAUGUAUUCGGUUGAAAGCUAAUCAGUCACCAUGGGUCUCUGGUACUAGUGGUUCCAUUGCUACAGGCUCAGUGGUGACUCAUUCUAUAAAGAAAAGAUCUACAGAGGUAUCCACAGAUAGAAAUAUAUAUACAACUUCAGACAGUCCUUGUAAACGACAAUGUGAAGAAGUUAACCGUGGGAAAGAACCUGAUAAUCAUAAAAAAUCCAGCCUCUUACAUAAUGUCGCUGCUUCAAGGCUGGUGGAAAAGUCAUCAGAACCAAAUAUGCAUGCUAAAUUGGUGAUUCAAAACAGUAAAGAAGCAUAUGGACCACUGAACAUUGCGACUGAAUCUGCAAGUGAUGACAUAGGUACUGCUGAAUUGCAGUAUCCUAUAGAAACAAAAUUUUUGUUGAUGAGAAAUCCUCCUGGUGUUUCAGCCAGUGAAAUUAACAACAUGCAGAACAGUAGCAAAGAAAAUUCAGUAACUCAAAAUCCAUCGAUGUUGGUAUUUGAAAAAAGUGAAUUGCCAGAUGCUCUUUAUGAGUCUUCAAGGAUGGCAGUGCACCAUAAUACACUACCUGAUGAGACAUUCACAGUUGCAAGUAGAGGUAUAUUUGCUGUUUCAGUAGCAACACAGACAGAUUUCAUUACGAAAAACAACACGCCUGUUCAGACUGAUAAUUUAAUUUGUGCUAAUUCAGCUGUAGCAAAAAUUCUUGCUCUGUUUGAGUCACAGCAGACACAGUUAGAUGCUUUAUGGAAGAAACAGGAAGAAAUACAAGAAAUUCAGAAGCAGACAAAUGUUAUACGUAACGAGAUGUUGAAUAUUUUAAAUGAUGAGUUGAACAGUGAAAUUUUUAGAGAAGGGAAUAAUCACUCUUCUGAUGUUGGACCAGGUAACAAUUACAAGAAUUCAGAAGAGUCCUCGGUUUCAAGAAGACCAUUGAGGCGUUCAGAAAGAAUUGCUGCACAAAAAUCACUUACAGUCACUGGUGACAGAACAUUUUCUGGGAGCAAAUCAGUACCAGCCACACCUAUGCAUCUCAAAUUUGAUGACAAUCCAAGUGCAAGAUCUCUUGCAAGAUGUUCAGCAACAGAGUUGAAGUCGGCAAGUGUUUAUAAAGAAUUACGCUCCAGCUUUCACUUCCUCAAAACACCACAGAGCACAAGACGAUGUCAUGCAAGAACUCCAAAAGACACGCCUACUCGAAUUUUAUCACAGCAUUUGCAAGAUCAAAUAGUAUCUUUGUUUGAUUGAAAGUCAUAAAUGCCAUUACACUGAUUCAAAAAGUUUUAAAAUUAGUGCAGUGAGAAUGCAAUGCUUUCCAUUCUCAUCUACUUUAUAUAACCAAAACUAAGAAAACAUUUUUGAAAGUUUUUAAUGAAAUGUUCUUCUCAAUAUUAGUUUCUGCAUUGUGAAUCAGUUAUCAUUAUCAGGCAA